AUGGUGAAGCAAUGCGGCCGGCCUUUGGGCCUGAGAUUCAACAAGGCAACCGGUGAGCUGUACAUUGCCGACGCCUACUAUGGGCUUUUAAAGGUUGGGCCGGAAGGUGGAAUAGCUAGGCCCAUGGCUACACACGGCGUGGGCGGGAAGCCCAUUCUGUUCGCCAAUGAUCUCGACAUCCACUCAAACGGCUCCGUUUUUUUCACCGAUACGAGCAAACGAUACGAUCGUGUGAGUCAUUUCUUCAUCUUAUUGGAAGGAGAAGCAACGGGCAGACUUCUACGAUAUGAUCCUCCCACAAAUCAAACUCAUGUUGUGAUCGAUGGGCUAGCUUUCCCUAAUGGUGUCCAAUUAUCUCAUGACCAAACUUUCCUACUCUUCACCGAGACCACUAAUUGCAGGCUGAUGAAAUACUGGCUGGAGGGACCAAAGGCCGGCACGGUGGACCAUGUCGUCGACCUGCCAGGCUUCCCGGACAAUGUUCGGGCCAACGACAGAGGGCAGUAUUGGGUAGCCAUUGACUGUUGUAGAACUGCACCUCAAGAGGUGCUGACACGGAACCCAUGGAUGAGGAGCGUCUACUUCCGGCUGCCAAUGAGGAUGAGCUUGCUGGCAAGGAUCAUGGGGAUGAAGAUGUACACCGUCAUCGCGUUGUUCGACGAGAACGGUCGAAUCCUCGAGGUGAUGGAAGAUCCCAAGGGGAUGGUGAUGAAGCUUGUGAGUGAAGUUAGGGAAGUGAAUGGGAAGCUCUGGAUUGGGACUGUGGCUCAUAACCAUAUUGCUACGCUGUCGUAUAAUCCACGAGUAAGUAAUUAA